CGCCACCUCUCUCUGCCUCCCAAUUCCAUUCCAUCUCCUCCAAUCUGUUAUCUUCCAUUUCUAACCUGCCAACUCUCUGAAACGCCAUCCCAGCAGCCCUACUUCAGUUCACCAUAUAAUGGUGAAACCUUUGAGUUCAAUAAUCCCUGAUCAUACGUCCCCAUCAGCAUCACUCAGCAGGCCGUUUGACAAUGCUGGCAGGUCCCCCAAGCUCUUUCAUACACUUCAUCAGGAACAGAACUCUGUCCUCAGUCUGGCCGCUGAUGCGAGUCAUGUCUACAGCGGCAGCCCCACUGGAGAUAUCUCCGUAUGGGACAAGCACAUGCUCAAAUUGAAGACCUCACUCAGAGGACAUACUGGUAGUGUCCUCACCCUCGAGUACACCUCUGACAAGGAGUGGCUCUUUAGUGCAUCUGGUGAGCAUUGCGUGACAAUUUGGAGCACGCGAUUUCUCUGUUCACUUUAUAUUCUCAAUCCGCAUGGCGAAACCGAUGCAGGUGACCUCUUCUCACUCGCUUGGUCUCCUGCGCUUCAGACACUCUACUGGUUCACCUUUUCCAUAUCUCCAUUUCCUUCAUCAAGUUUAUUUGCCUACGGGUCAAUAUUCCUAGACUCGCCUGAUGCCAGCGGGUGCUCCACACUGACACGUCACGUGCACAAGUUCUUUGAAAGCUACCCGCAAUAUCAGCGCCGCCUCGCAGAUCUGUUCACAUGCAAUCCGACGUGCUUGAGCUGCUCGAAUGGCUCACCUCCUCUGACACCUCCGUUGACGUCAUCCUCCCUGCCGAGCACAUCCGGCUCACCCUCGAGCUCAACGCAAGCGCUGCAGCAUUCCAUGAUCACGUUGCAGGUGCCACCAGCAAAUGUGAUCUACUCCGUGCAUUACGGAUACAUCUACUGCAUGACGCUGGUCCCGAGCUCACCGGAGGCAGAUGGCGAGAUGCACAAUCUACAGCUCGUCACGAGAAGUGGUGAUGAGACUGUGAAGCUGUGGCAAUUGGCUUCUGGGAACUCAACACCGAUUCUCCUGCACACGUUUGGCUGUUGCACAGGUGCAGUGCUCACGGUCACAGUUUGUGGUGAGACGGUCUUCGCUGGUUGCCAGGAUGGGCAUGUCCAGUCACUACUCCAUUCAGACUUGUCUGUAUGCUUUGCAAAUGGAGAAUUACAGCGCUGGUCCUCCCAGUUUGAUUGCACUGCAUCCUGGAAAGCCCAUGAAGGAAUCGUCCUCUCCUCAAUUGUAAUGAGCAUUCCAUCUUCCCCAUUUGCCGAUGCCGACCUGCACGAAUUGGACAUGACAGCAUGCUUUUCCCCAGCCGUUUUCGCUUUGGUGACUGGCGCGAACCAUCAAAGCAUUGAUUGUCAGAUCUGGGAGGUCGAGCCACCGAAAUUGAAGCUGCUCAGUCCAUUGUCCUUGACAUUUGAUAUCGAUCUUGGCGAUGCAAGCAAUGAAACAAUGGUGUAUGUCUUAUCUAAACUCGUCUCGAUCCCGAGCGUCAGCAAUUCCCUUGCACAUCAGAAGGAUUGCCGGCAAGCGGCGAUCUGGUUGUGCAAAUGCUUCACUCAGCUCGGAGCUGUGUCAUCAUUGUUACCGACUGGUGAGAGCACAAACCCCCUUGUCUUUGCCACCUUCUCAGGGAUGCAGACGAAGCGCAAGCAUCUGCGAAUCCUCUUUUACGGGCACUAUGGUUCUGAUCCCUUUGCAUUGACCGGAUGCAAUGGCUAUUUGUAUGGCCGUGGCGCAACUGAUAACAAGGGCCCCAUCAUGGCUGUGGUGUGCGUGGCUGCAGAAUUACUCAUUCGAUGUGUGCUUGAUCUUGACCUGGUGCUCUUGAUUGAGGGUGAGGAGGAAGCGGGGAGUGGAGGGUUCACUGAGACGGUAUGGAAAAACAAGGAUGCAAUCGGGCCGAUCGAUGCUAUUCUUGUGAGCAAUUUGACGUGGAUUGUGGAGGACACGCCUUGCAUCACGUAUGGAUUAUGCAGGGUAGUGCAUUGUCACAUUUCCUGCAAAGGACCUGAUCGGCAUUCCAGCGUGGAUGGAGGAGCUACGAUCGAACCUAUGCUGGACAUGCUCAAGCCCCUCGGCACUCUCAUUGACAGGCAAAAUCGCAUAACGAUUCCCAAAUUCUAUAAAAGUGUGCAUCCAAUAAUGAGAGAGGAAGAGCAUUUAUACUUGGUGCUUGCAGGGAUCAUGCACAUGCCAGCAUCUUCGAUUGCUGCACGUUGGCAUGAACUGUCUUUAACAGUGCACAAUGUUGAGGUAUCUGGGCCAAGGAACUCAACGGUCAUACCUGCGACAGUGAAAGCUCAUGUCUCCUUGCACAUCGUGCCGGACCAGGAUCUGAACACAGUCACGAAUGCCUUGUGUGAACAUCUUCAGUGGUCCUUUGAGAAGAUGCACUCGCCGAACAAGCUGAAGGAGCCUUUGCAGAUACGAGAGGGCGGGUUCAUACCAUCUCUUCCAUAUCUGGAGAGAGAGUUCACCUGCCAUGUGCUUCACCUACCAAUGGGCAAGAGCUCGCUGAUCGUGGAGUGCUUUCUGCAGAAUGUCGCAAAGCUAGAGCCAUCGCAUCCUAGUGUUAUGACUCCCGAGGAUCAGGAUGGCUCUUCAUAGCCUCCAGACUAUGAGACGUAUCGUGGAAUACGAUAUGACGUAUUACCCCUUUCUUCUUUCACUCUCUUUUGCUGCUAUCGAUAUGUUCCAGUCGUUUGCUCUAUGGUAUUGCUCAUGAUAUCAGAAUACAACAUCUCUCAUCGUGACCUCUUGUUGUCUCACAUCUCAUCUUUCAUCACGGACUCUCAGAUUUCUUGUAGAUCUGUGUAUUGUAAAUUAGAAUGAAACAACAGUGUUUUUGU